UCCAGCCUGAACUCGGAUAUUCCGGACAGGGGCAGCGGAGCUGAAUUCUGAAAUCGAAAUCCCAAAGGCGUCAACAUCAUUUGACGGCUGUCAUAUUGGUUGAUCACAAAGCCUAGAGAGGAAAAUAAAGAUAUUCACAUCUUGUCGAUCUAUCGUCAAAAUUAAUGGAUUACGUACGCGGAUUUGAUUGUAUUUUUGACGAGUGACUGGCUGAAGUAACCUGUAGAUUAAACCAAAGGAGUGAGAGUUUCGAGUAUCGAACGUUGUAAACAUGACGGUUCAUAACCUAUACAUAUUCUCGCGUAAUUGCACCCUCUUGUAUUACGCGGAAUGGAACCGUUUGAAUAAGUCCGGAAUGACGAAGGAGGAGGAGGCUAAGCUGAUGUACGGAAUGCUGUUUUCGAUAAAAUCGUUCAUAAACAAAAUAUCGCCGUUGGACCCGAAGGACGGUUUCCUCCACUACAAAACGAGCAAGUACACGUUGAACUAUUUGGAAACACCGUCAGGGUUGAAAUUCGUCCUGAACACCGACAACUCGGCGCAGAACGUUAGGGGUCUGCUUCAGCAGCUUUACAGCCAGAUUUACGUCGAGUAUGUGAUUAAGAAUCCACUUUGUCAAUUGAACGAACCGAUACAGAGCGAACUCUUCAAAAACAAGCUUGACGAGUUGGUCAAGUCAUCGCCUUACUUUUGAGGAAUACCCUUUCCGCAUUUCGCCUCGUAUAACGGUGCAGGAACUCUGACAGUGGUGAUCCUCAAUCAGUUUCGUACAAGUGUUCAGGAUACGUUUGUCCAGCAGGUAGCGACGUCACUCGGACAUUUUCGAAACACUGCAGCGACGAUAUAUCCCGAAAAACUGAUACUUUCCUUUUUUUAAAUCGAGUUCUAUAUGUUCACUUAUACUUGCUGGUAUUAUUAAAUCACUAUUAUUGUUAUUGAUCGAUUAUUUUGAAUUGUAUCUAAAUUUCAUUUCGUCUCUUGUCUAUAAAAGUUGUAAUCACAAUAUAAUAAUCAGCUGUACAACUGUAGUAUAAUUAUAAUGUACAUAUAUUGUAAGUAUUAAAACUAUGUUAUUCUAAUUUUCUUUGUUAUUAUUCUUAUUACUACAUUUAAUCGGAAAAAUAUUCAAUCUUUACUACCUAGAAUAUACGAGAUUAUCAUUACACGAAAUCACGCAAUUGUAAACAUUUAGAGGAAAUUUAAUAACAGACGUGAAAAAAAAACGAGCAUGGAAUUCAUGUAUAGGAAACUCUUUUAAUUAAUGUUCAUGUUAAUGAUAGAUAAUCGUUUUAUGUAGUCUACCACGAGUGAGAUGGUUCUACUAUACUUCUGCGUUUUUACGAAUUCUCUUUAAAUAAAUCCUACUGUGAUUUCGGAAUAAUUAUAAAUGCAGACUGUGAUAAAAUAAAUAUAUUUUAAAGAA